AUGCCAACUAUAAGACGGGUCCAGCCAUCGGACUUGUUCCAUCUGAACCUAUGCAAUUUGGACCCAUAUACGGAAAAUUAUGACUUGAAUUUCUACCUCACGUACCUGAUGAGAUGGCCAUCUCUCUUCCAGUGCAUUGAAGAACACGGCCAAAUUGUGGGCUACAUCAUUGGCAAAGUCGAAGAGUCGCCCAGUCACCUACUGAACACGGAGCAUUACUUGCCUUGGCAUGGCCACGUCACGGCCUUGUCCAUAGCGCCGCAAUACCGUCGACUAGGAUAUGGCAAGCUAUUGACGGAAUCUCUGGAGAAGGCAUGUAACCAACAGAACGCCUGGUUUGUUGAUCUCUUCGUGAGAAAGAGCAACAAGAAUGCCAUCACAAUGUAUGAGAGCAUGGGGUACUCGACUUUUCGGACUGUAGUUAAGUACUAUUCCGACGAUCCAACUGGUAUCUCAAAGAACGGAGAGGAUGCGCUGGAUAUGAGAAAGCCACUGGAUCGGGAUGUCGACCGGAAGCAUGUUAGAGAGCGCGGGGAGGAUUUCAAGGUCGAUCCGGAGGAUGUCUUCUAA